UUAUAUAAUAUGAAUUUUAAGUGCUGAAUUAAAUUUAAAAUAAAAAAAUAAAAACUGAAUGAACUGGGUUUAUAAGUACCUUGAGCUUCGAGGAUAUUUGACCCUAGUUGCUUUGCUUCAUCAAUAUGGAAGAAGAAGAGCUAGUAUGGAAUAGAGAGACAGUACCUAGGGUUUUCAAGAUUGUAAGCACAAAACUCCAUCAGAGAGACCUCAUCUCUCUCUUAAUCGUCAGCCCUUGGCUUCACCGCUCUCUCAUCUCCUACCCUUCCCUCUGGCUGGUUCUUGAUUUCCGUGAGCUGAACAAUGCUGGGGAUCGACUUGUUUCCGCUCUCUCACUGUCGAGAUAUAACCACGUGAAGCAGAUCAACCUUGAAUUUGCACAAGAUAUUGAAGACAAACAUCUUGAUAUCCUUGGAAGCAAAUGUUCAGAUUCCCUUCAAAAUUUGGAGUCCUUAAACCUGAAUGGCUGCCAAAAAAUCUCUGAUAAGGGAAUUGAAGCUAUUACAACAGUUUGUUUUAACCUGAAGGUCUUCUCCAUUUAUUGGAAUGUGAGGGUAUCAGAUAUUGGAAUAAAGCAUUUGGUGAAGAACUGCAAGCGUAUAGUAAAUUUGAACUUGAGUGGCUGUAAGAAUAUUACAGACAAGAGCUUGCAACUUCUUGCUGAUAAUUAUCAAUAUCUGGAGUCUUUGAACCUCACUAGGUGCAUCAAAAUAACAGAUGGGGGUUUGUGUCAGAUAUUGCUCAAAUGCUCCUCUCUUCAGAGUCUAAAUCUGUAUGCUCUUUCGAGUUUUACAGAUGAGGCUUACAAGAAGAUAUCGAUAUUAGCCAAUCUCAGAUUCUUAGAUCUAUGUGGUUCCCAGAAUCUAACCAAUGAAGGACUUUACUGUAUAGCCAAAUGCAAGAAUCUGGCCUCUCUCAAUUUGACAUGGUGUGUGCGUGUCACUGAUGAGGGGGUCAUAGCCAUUGCACAAGGUUGCAUCUCUCUUGAAUUUCUUAGCUUGUUUGGUAUUAUUGGUGUUACUGAUAAGUGCUUGGAGGCCCUGUCAAGGUUCUGCUCAAACACACUUACAACCCUCGAUGUGAAUGGAUGCAUUGGCAUCAAGAGACGAAGUCAUGAAGAACUGCUUCAAUUGUUCCCACAUCUGAGAUGCUUCAAAGUGCACAGCUAAAGUUAUAUGCUUUAUGAAGUCAUAAUCAUUUCCUGCCAUCGAUGUACUUUUAUUUAUUAUUUGUUCUGGCCAUAAUAUUUAAAAUUUUCCAAUCAUCUCCUUGGUUGAUGAGUGGUGGAUAUUUUGCAGGUUCAUGUUGUCGUCUUGGAGAAAUGUUGCCGAUAUGCAGUUAAUUCAUUAGGACAGAAAAUACUCAAGAUGUUCAAUAAACAAACGAGAUUGAUACAUGACAUGUGAUUUGAUAGAUGUAACUUUACUAAAUGAGCCGUCCUAUUUUGGGUGGGUAGUUAAUUAUGAGAAGCGUAUAUUUUUUAAUUAUGUUCAAGUAAAAAUUAUAAUUAAGGAAGCAGGGGAAAUUAAAAUAUGCUCCUGUGACUAUUGUGAUGUUACCUGUUACCGCUCUACAGUUAUUUUUUAAGGCUACCACAACGGUGGUUGAAGAUGUUAUUUUUAGUUGACAAUAGCGUGAUGGUUAAUACUGUUGUUGCUAUAUUUGAUUCUGAGAUUUUCCUAUGGAACUGUGGGUUGAGUUAGUUUUUUCUGAAUUGCAAAGAGCUAAGAUGGCUUUGGGUGACACUAUUGCCGGGUAAUGGCAACUAUUACAAGGUCAAUGUACAACAAUGGGAACUAUUGUAAUAGAUUUGAAAUGUUCCAUUUAGGUUUCCCUGAACAA